AUGCGACUUGUCGCACCCCUCCAUACCAUCCGCUAUGAGCGGAAAGCUCACAUUCCGCCUUACGCAGACCGAGAUGGUGCUAUGACGACCAAGUUCGAAUCGAAUAUCCCAAAGGGCACGAACUGGACUGAUCUUCCAGACCCUGGUGCAGUCGUGCUGGUCCAGGCGCCGGAGGGGCCGCUCUCGGUGGCCCUGAUUGGCGACAUCAUGGUGACGCGAUUGAAGCUGCGAGGUGUUCGUGGAAUCGUGGUGGAUGGGCGGAUUCGUGACGCAGAGUCUUGCGCUUCGUGCUGUGAAGAUGGGAAAUUCCAGGUUUGGUCGAAUGGUUUCUCCGCGGCGGCACCGUCGCUGAAUGUCGUGCCUUGGGCCGUUGAUGUUCCUCUUCAGUUUGGGCCCCUCUCUGUCAGGCCUGGAGAUAUCUUGUGCGCAGACGAAGGAGAUCGCGCUGUCGUUGUAAUCCCACGGGAUCUUUUGCAGAACGUGCUCGAUCUCCUACCAAAGUUGAAGGAUGCCAGUGAUAAUGUCCUGGAGGAUGUGAGGAAUGGUCUGACUUUGCCGGAUGCUGUCAAACGGCAUCCCAAUUUUUAUAGCAACUAUUAG